UUUUUUUUCUUGUCCAGAGAGUGUUGUUGUUUUGCAUGAAUCACAUCGAAACUUCGAUAAAACAAUGUCUAAAAUAGCGAAUUUCACUGGAAUGGGCAUUGUUGAUCCACAGGAGAGGAUAAAACAUUUAGCCAACUAUGGGAAUAUGUUUGACGUUGACGGAAACGUACCAAUUCGAAGAUACUAUCGAUCUGGUAUGGAAAUAGUGAGAAUGGCAACCGUAUACCAUACCGAAGGCAAUCUGGAGAAUGCAUACAUUCUCUACAUUAAAUUUAUGACUCUGUUCUUGGAUAAGAUUCUGAGCCAUCCGGAGUACAAGACAGUGCCAAGCAGCAUCAAAAAGCCCAACCAGGAGAAAUUGAAAGAGAUUCUACCUUUAACCGAGAAACUAAAGCUGAAAUUGCUGGAACGGUACAAACAUGAGUACACCCAGUUCCUCGCUAACAAGGAAGCCGAACGUGUUCGUGAAGCUGAACAAGCUAAAGAAGCCUUAAAAAAUAGGAAACCAACGGAUAUUGUAACACCUGCACCAACUGAUAUUGCUGGUAUGUCAACGAAAUCGGAAUUCAUACCGAGCGCACCGCCAGACUUACUGGACCAAGUGGUCUAUCCAAAUGAUUUUCCUUCGUCGACCAAUAAAACAAAUUUACCGACUGGAUUGUUACUACCAGACACACCGAAGCCUGUGAAACCGUCGGUUGAUCGGGCACUGAAACCGGCAUCCAAUGAAUCGCUGGCCGAAGGGAAUUUACGAUCUGUGUUAAUACCCAAAGAUACAAUGUACAAAUUUCUGUUGUUAGCAGCUAAAAAUACGGCCAGUAAUGUCGAAACGUGUGGAAUUCUAGCCGGUCGAUUGGCGCAGAACAAACUUCUUAUCACUCACGUUAUCGUACCGAAGCAGAAUGGCACCUCCGACAGCUGUACGACGAUGAAUGAAGAAGACAUUUUCGAUAUUCAAGAUCAACAGAAUUUAAUUACGUUGGGAUGGAUCCAUACGCAUCCAUCUCAGACGGCAUUUCUAUCAUCAGUUGAUUUGCACACACAUUGUUCGUAUCAAAUUAUGAUGCCAGAAGCGGUAGCUAUAGUGUGUGCUCCCAAGUACCAAGAAACCGGUUUCUUCUGUUUAACACCAAAUUAUGGCCUCGACUACAUAGCUCGUUGCAGACAAUCGGGUUUUCAUCCUCAUCCGAAUGAUCCACCUUUAUUUAUGGAUGCUUCUCAUAUUGUGAUUGGGGACCACUCAAACAUCGAAGUGGUUGAUCUGAGGAGAUAGCGGCUGUGUGCAUUUACAUAUUAUUUGUAGGAUUCUUGGAUUAUAAUGAAAAAACAAACAGAACAAAACGAAUAAGUGCUUUUAAACGUUCAUAAAAUAUUAACAAUUUUAAUGUUAUGACCAGGUAACAUGUUUCGUAUGUUUCACACUCGGUUAUCGAUAUUAUCAAGACGGAGUGUGAAAUGGCUUAAAUUAUUUAAAGAAGAAAAACACUGUACUGCUA